AUGGAUGCGGUCGAGUUGAACUAUCCAGUGGGUGUGGCGGCGGCGGCAGUCGGGGCAUCGAAAUUGGUCGGAUCGGAGAGGGUUGGUAGAGAUAGGGUUGCGGUUUUUGGAGUGGAGCCUCUGGUGAAGCCGGCGAGAGGUCUGCGUGAUGCAGGUGAAGGAAGUUCAGUCAAUGCUUUGAUUUCUGCUCCGUGGAAUAAUGGUCCAACCAUUGAAGUCUGUAAGAAGAAUAAUGAAGCAUCCAACAAUCAUAGAGAUGACUUAAGUAAGCACCUCUUUAGUAGUGAAACGAGUAGUCCAUCGUGGUUGCUGAAGUGUGACGAAGUGAAGGUAAAUAGAAAAGCUGGAAGAGUGUCAAAAGGUGGUAGUGGUUCUGCUAAAAGACCAAGGACAUCUCUGGUAGAAGAUGCUGCUGGUUUGACUGGGAUUGAUGAUACAAAAGAUUUGUUAGAUAAAACUCAAUUUGCGAGACAGAGGAACAACAGUAGCAGUAGGCGAGGUGACAGAAGAAAUUCCAAGAUUUCGCCGAAAGCAAAAUAUGAUCCAUUUUCAGUGAAAGGCAGUUUCCCAAGCUUUAGUUCAACUGCUGGUGCUAACAACUUUUCAGUGUUAUAUGGUCUGAAGACAGAUGUUCAUGAUAUCGCUGACCUUGUUGAUGAUUUAUCAUUGAAUGAUCUCCUUUCGGGCACUUAUCAGUGCCGCAGCUUAGGCAAAGAAAAGGGAAAGAAACCAGCAAAUUCCACAGAGUGUCUUCUACAAUCACUUAGAAAGGCUUGUUCCAUUCUUCAGGUCCCUAAACCUUUCCCAACCCAAAAUGCUACCGUGAUAGACAACUCUUUGAAUGAUACCACAGGAAUAUGUCCACCAAAUUCUCUCCCUCGUAGUGUAAGUGGAAAUACUGCAGAAACUACCCCCACAGAUUUGUCUUCUUCCGAUAAGGAUUCUUGCAGCAAUCCCGAGUCUUCUGCUCAAUUACUAGAUUUCCAAUUUGAUCAACCUAAAGAUACUUUACAAGGCCUGGCACUUGGACCAUCGAAGGACUUGGAGUCUUUGCUUCAGGAUGCUGGGAAGCCAGCUGCAUCUUCUAGGAGUACUGCACCUGACCCACGUCCAGGCCAGCAGUUGGCAAGCCUAGCUAGCUUGCCCCCUUUUCCUUGGUCACAGAAUUUUGGUGGACAUUGUAGGGCCUAUUCUGAUUCAGCUAAGUUGUUAACAAGUAGGAGCACAUGCCAAGGUAGAUGGGCAAAAAUAGACAACUGUAUUAGGUGUAUUGGUGCUCCUUCAACUAGCUUCACAAACCUCGAGUCUCUUGCUUAUGAUGAGGCCUUAGUUCCUUCAUCUGGCCCAAAGCCAGAAAGUGAUUAUAGAAGUGCUGCUGCAUCAAUGUCUUGUACAUGCAAUCACAGUUUAUCAACAACUUUGACUUCUCUGACAUCCCAAGUUUCUUCAGAAUCUGGGGGUGACAUGAAGACCAUCGGAAAAGCCGAACAUUGUCCAAAACUUGUAGCAGCUGCUCAAACCCUGGUAGACAUUGCUGCUCAUGGUUCGAAAAGCCUAAUAAACCACGAAAAAACAAUGAAAUGGCCAAAGCAACCUUCUCAGAAAGCCAUGAAGGCUUGCAAGUUGAAAUCCAAUGAGAAGCACGACUUAUUUAUAGCGUCAACUUCAUUAGUGGUGGGCCUGGUGGCAUCUGACCGUAUGAUCAGAGGCGGCACAAUGGAUCAAGUGAUGCCCUCCAAGAGGCCUAAGCUGUCUACUGUAGAGAGCAAAAGGUACCCUGACCACAUCAAUGGUAGCAUUAGAAAGGGAUCUUCAUUGCUUUGGUCUACCCCCAAAUCAAGUAGGUCUUCCUCCAGCAAGCCACUCGAGGACUCCAUUACUGGAAGUAGACAUUCAGCUGCCUACGUUCUACAGAAAACGUGCAUGAUGCCACCUCCUGCCAAAGCUUUGGGGAGAAGUUGCGGCAGCAGCAGCCAACCCAAGGUUCGUUUGAUGAGUUUUCUUCUCUCCUUUGAUCCUGAGAGUGGUGAAAGAGGGUUCCUUUGGAAGAGUACUGAUUCUCUUUCUGAAGUGAAAGUUGUCGGUGCUGCUGUGAUGUGGCCCAGAAAGGAACAGGAGUAG